GAGGGGGAAAGAGAGAGGCGGGAGGCUGAGCCUCAGUCGGCGGUGUGUGUAGCGCUACUGGUAGCCGUCCUAGUGCCCGGGCUCAGCCGCUGCUUUAUACUCCCGUAAAGUGGGGGGGUUUAAGCCGCCGUCUCUCCCCUGAGACUUUUUUUGGCGACGAGUCGCACGAAGGACGGAAUCUCUUCCUUUCAGAUGCUCCGAAAGUUUGUUGUGGAGAAGCAGCCCAUCCAGACAGGGAGCCCCGCGCUCCGCGAGUACUUCUGUUAAGGAUUCCACAAAAACAGAUGUGGGAAAAUGGUGACCACGGAGAAAGGAGUUGUGGAAGAAUGGUUAUCCGAGUACAAGAUGCUGCCGGAGGCAUCCCUUGCUAGUUAUGCAUCAAAUUUGAAAGAGAAGAGUACUCUGGUAUCUGCCAUCUAUGAAGUCAUCCAGGAACCUCAAAGCGAGUUGCUGGAACCCGUCUGUCACCAGCUCUUUGAGUUUUAUCGGAGCAGAGAGAAACUCCUGAGAACGUUCACGCUUCAGUUCCUCCCAGAGCUCAUCUGGUGCUACCUCUCCGUGUCCUCCAGCAGACACCUUCAGAGCAGCGGAUGCAUCGAAGCGCUUCUUCUCAGCAUCUACAACUUGGAGAUAAUGGAUGAGGAAGGACGAAGCAAAAUCUUAUCUUUUACAAUUCCAUCGUUGUCCAAGCCUUCUGUGUACCAUGAGCCUUCCAGUAUUGGAUCUAUGGCACUCACGGAAGGAGCCCUUUCGCAGCAUGGCUUGAGCAGGGUGGUGUACAGCGGUCCGCACCCCCAGAGGGAGAUGCUGACGGCUCAGAACAGGUUUGAAGUGUUGACGUUCCUCCUGCUUUGUUAUAAUGCUGCCUUGAACUACAUGCCUGCCGUCUCUCUUCGGUCACUGUGUCAGAUGUGCUCACGGCUCUGUGUCUGUGGAUAUCCUCGUCAACAUGUACGGAAAUACAGUGGUGUCAAUAGCCGAAUCCCGAUGUCCCCGGAAUUCAUGGUGCAACUUUUAACCGGCAUUUAUUACUCUUUUUAUAACGGAGAAUGGGACGCAGCUCGUAAAGCGCUGGAUGAUGUUCUUUAUAGAGCGCAGCUCGAGCUUUUCCCGGAGCCGCUCCUGGUAGCCAAUGCAAUAAAAGCCUCGUUGCCUCAAGGGGUGGUUAAGGGAAACAAAGAUGGCACUAAAUGUAUACAAGUGGAGAUCACCCCGUCAUCGUCUAGGAUAUCGAGAAAUGCUGUCACCAGCCUGUCUAUCAGAGGGCAUCGAUGGAAGAGACAUGACUCUGCAGAUUUAACACUACAGGAGGAACUGACGGAAAUCUCUGAGGUGGAUGAAGGCUUUUGCUCCAGGGCUGCGUCUAGCUCCAGUCAGUCGGCCACGUCUCACACCAGCAGCAACAGCGGUUUUAGUAGGCUGCCAUUGGGGAAAGCCCAGAGGAGAUCAGCGGGAGUCAGGACUGGGGUAAAAGAACGGGAGCCCGCUGGAGAUUCUUGCCGUGAGCAUCUCAGCAGAAAGCAAAACCAGAGGGCGAUGAGCGAGAACCUGGAGCUCGUGUCUCUGAAGAGACUGACUCUGACCACCAGUCAGUCUCUCCCGAAGCCUGGAAGUCACAGCCUGGCACGGACCGCUACCGCCGUAUUCAGUAGAUCCUUCGAACAGAUGAGCGGUGCCGCAGCCUCUCCUAACCCUGGGGGCACGAGCGCCGCUGGUACUGGGGCAGGCAAGGAAAAGAAUAGGUUUAGCGCCUGCAGCCUACAGGAGGAAAAAUUAAUCUAUAUUUCAGAGAGGACAGAACUCGCCGUGCCCAAUAAACGCCAACAAAGUCAGCUGAGAUCUCCUAGUAUCUGCAUAACGCUGUCCACAGACUAAAUCGCAGAAGUAGUCGGGGAGUCAAUAAAAAAUCUAGAAUUCUGGUGACAUAUAAAAUUAGAUACGUUUUGGACUUUUAUAGGUACUUCAAACACCUCUAUCAAUUACCAAAGUUUUACAGAAAUGCUAUGAGUUUAAUGUUUUAUGUCUGCAGACUAUCAGUAGCUCUGUAAAAUGGUUGAACAUGCGGUGUCGUAUUCUAACGCUUUAUUCCCGUUCGGUGGUAUCAGGUUAUUGUUUUGAGCUAGACCGUUCAGAUUUGUAGGACCCUCCCUUACUUUUCAAGACUUCUUAUGUAAAGAACAAGCCAUGACCUAAAUGACGCCUGAUGUUCAGCUGCAUCCAAAUACCCGUCACCCUCAUUUUUAAUAAAAAAUAGAAAGCACUGUUUAGUAGAAUAAUUAAUAGAUAAUUUGUGGUUGAGAUUACUGGGAGUUCCAGGGGGUCUAUCCCAAGCGUGGGGAGUUCUCAGGCUUUCAGUAUGCUUAUUGAUGUGAGCAAACUUUUUAUAUCUCAACAAGAUUGCUGGGCACACCAGCAGCUAUAACACACCUGUGUAAAAGGGAUUUUAUAUAUUAAAUCUUUGUGGUUUAAAUGUC